AAGAAUGAAUACACCUAUGUUAGUGCAAGCCAGCAAAAUAUACACACACCCCAUAUUUGAAGCAUUCCAGACCGAAUAUGAAAGAAGCAUGGCUGCAUGUGCUAGACCUUUGAGUGGAAAUGACACAUAUGCAGUAGCAAUAGUGAGGGCUAAUGGUGACUUAAGUUCUGAACAAGAGCGCAUAGUGGUAGGCGAUCCUUUAGAGCAAGCAUCAUCAUGUAGUUGUUACCAAUUUACAAGGACCAGGGUAUUGUGUUCCCAUGCUUUGAAAGUUCUUGACUUGAUGAAUAUUAAGUUAUUACCAGCCCAUUAUGUUCUGAAGCAUUGGACAAGGGAAGCAAGGGAGGGAAACAUACAUGACAGCAAAGGAAGAAGGAUCAUUGAAAAUCCAAAACUGGACGCUAUGAUCCGCUAUAGGUUUUUGUCUCAAAAAUCUUUGAAUUUGGCAUAUGAAGCUGCAAGGUCUACAGAAUAUUCCUUGUUGAUGGACCAUGCACUUGAACUUUUUGGUAAGCAGCUAAAGGACAAAAUCUGCACCUCUACAAAUAUAUUGAGUGAAUCAGCACCCCAACCUGAUGUUCACCAAGAUGAGGCUUUGCUUAGUGCUGCACGCCUAAAGAAAAAAGAGGUUCAACCAAGAAGUUCGAAGAGACAUAGAAGCUGGCUUGACAAGACACGGAAGUAUAAAAAGAAAGCGCCAAAUAAAACUACUCAUGAAGAGGGUGGUUGUAAUGUAGAAAGUCAAGUACCACCUGACAAUUCUCAUGUGGAUUGCAAUGCCUUCACUAGCUUUAGAGAUUUGCUUACGGGUCCUAGCGAAAUUGAUGAUAUGCCUAUUCAAGAUCUUCUUUAGGGGUUACAGCAUCAUUUAGUAGCUCAUGUCAUGUGCAAGGAUAUUUUGUUCUUUUAUGAUGAUAUUUUGUUAUUUCAGGAUAAUAGGUGGAGCUCCUGGAGGCAUGCAAAAUAUAUGGCUAACUGUAGAAAUUCAUUGCAGUAGUAGCAGCUUUUGGUGGAACAUUUCAAGCUAGUGUAUUUUGAGCUCUAGAAGCCAUGCCAACUGUAUUGCUAGAUGUAUAUUUGGAGAAUGGAUAAAUGGUUAUUCUUGGAUGAAUUGUUGACCAUUUGUGCACUUAAAAGAAAACAUUGUUUAGUUA